AUGGCCGAUCCUUCGUAUAACGCAAUGGGUCAGGGCUCUCGUGACGACCCCUCGAAUCCGUACGGUCAACAAGCACCUUCUCAGGCAUACCCAGCUCCCCAUUCUCCGGCUGCCCCUCCGCAGCCAGGAGCUGCCUACGCUCCUCAAUCAUCGAACCAGUGGCCUGCCUAUGGCUCACCCCAACAACCCGGGUUAGCGCCGGGAUCAGAUGUCGCAUACAAUGGACAACAAGCACCAACGGGUGUCGCAGGAGACCCGGGAAUGUCAGGACUGGCAUCGCAGAUGGGUGGUCUGGGAAUUGCAGCGGACGCGGGGGCUAGGACACACAAGAAGAAGUCCCGCCAUGCCCACCAUGAUAUUGGAGGGGGUGCCGCGGCACCCCCGCAAGGGUUCAACAGUGGCAUGGACCAAGCAGGCCUCCAACAGCAACCGUCGCAGUUCUUGAAUACGGGUCUGAAUACGGGCCUGAACCAAGACCGGCCAGUCUCUCCAGCAGUAGGGUUGGUAUCUGGACAAGCUACAUCCCAGCCUGGUAUGCCAAGCGGCGCAGGCUCAGUCCCUACCCAAGGCCGAAUUGACCCUGAGCAUAUCCCCAGUAUUCCACGAUCGCGGGAUUUGCCUGCUCAGUACUACUUCAACCAUGUCUACCCGACUAUGGACCAACAUCUCCCUCCGCCAGCGACAAUUCCAUUCGUGGCACAGGACCAAGGCAAUUCUUCUCCGAAAUACGCUCGCCUAACGUUGAACAAUAUCCCCUCCGCCUCCGACUUCCUCUCCUCAACCGGCUUGCCAUUGGGCAUGAUCCUCCAGCCUCUCGCACCUCUGGACCCUGGCGAACAACCAAUCCCCGUGCUGGACUUCGGGGAUUCUGGUCCCCCGCGAUGCAGACGAUGCCGAACCUAUAUCAACCCUUUCAUGUCCUUCCGAUCUGGCGGCAGCAAGUUCGUUUGUAAUAUGUGCACUUUCCCGAACGAUACACCUCCCGAAUACUUUGCGCCACUAGACCCCGCAGGUACUCGUGUCGAUCGCAUGCAGCGGCCGGAAUUAAUGAUGGGAACCGUCGAAUUUACUGUUCCCAAGGAAUACUGGAACAAGGAACCUGUUGGCUUGCAGACACUCUUCCUGAUCGAUGUUAGCCGAGAGUCGGUUCAUCGAGGAUUCCUCAAGGGUGUUUGCCAAGGUAUUCAAGACGCGCUCUACGGCGAUGGCAGUGAAUCAUCUGCGACUGAAGGCGAGGAACCGACGCGCAGACUGCCUGCUGGGGCAAAGGUCGGCAUUGUCACGUAUGACAGGGAAAUUCACUUCUACAACCUGACCGCAACAUUGGACCAUGCACAAAUGAUGGUGAUGACCGAUUUGGAGGAGCCAUUUGUGCCUUUGAGCGAAGGUCUCUUUGUGGACCCAUAUGAAUCGAAGUCCGUUAUUACUUCGCUUCUUAGCAAGAUACCCAGUGUUUUCUCUCAAAUCAAGAAUCCCGAGUCUGCUUUGCUACCUACAUUGAACUCGGCACUCUCCGCACUCCAAGCUACCGGCGGCAAGAUUGUCUGUGCUAUGGCCAGUUUGCCCACGGGCCCGGGAGCCCUGUCCAUGAGAGAGGAUCCCAAGAUUCACGGAACCGAGGCAGAGCGAAAGUUGUUUAGCACAGAAAAUCAAGCUUGGAAGAAGACAGCAAGUAAACUCGCUGAAGCAGGUGUGGGCGUUGACCUGUUUAUGGCAGCCCCCGGGGGCACUUAUCUGGAUGUGGCUACUGUCGGACAUGUCUCUGGUCUCAGUGGAGGCGAGACCUUCUUUUACCCUAACUUCCAUGCCCCUCGAGAUCUCUUGAAGUUGCGGAAUGAGAUUUCUCACGCCGUCACCCGUGAAACUGGAUACCAAACCUUGAUGAAAGUUCGAUGCUCUAAUGGGCUUCAGGUGUCUGCUUACCAUGGAAACUUCGUUCAACAUACACUUGGCGCGGAUCUUGAGAUUGGUGGCAUCGAUGCUGACAAGGCAAUUGGUGUUCUCUUUAGCUAUGAUGGAAAGCUUGACCCUAAGCUUGAUGCGCACUUCCAGGCCGCCUUGCUGUACACUUCUGCAGACGGCCAACGGCGCGUCCGUUGUAUCAAUGUUGUAGCGGCAGUGAAUGAGGGUGGUAUGGAGACCAUGAAGUUUGUCGAUCAGGAUGCCGUUGUUGCUGUCAUCGCCAAGGAGGCUGCAUCCAAGACUUUGGACAAGACUCUCAAGGACAUCCGGGCCAAUAUCUCGGAAAAGACAGUUGAUAUCUUUAGCGGAUACCGCAAGAUCUUCUCUGGUUCUCACCCACCUGGGCAAUUGGUGUUGCCUGAGAAUCUCAAGGAGUUCUCAAUGUACAUGCUGAGCUUGGUCAAGUCAAGAGCGUUCAAGGGCGGCAACGAGUCAUCAGAUCGCCGAGUGCAUGACAUGCGCAUGAUUCGGUCAUUCGGCUGCACCGAAAUGUCCCUUUAUCUCUACCCACGCAUCAUCCCGGUCCACAACAUGCAACCAGAAGAUGGAUUCCCGAACGAGCACGGACAACUUCAAAUCCCACCCUCCCUACGAGCCAGCUUCUCCCGCAUUGAAGAAGGCGGCGUCUAUCUAAUCGACAACGGCCAGGCCGUCCUACUAUGGCUGCACGCCCAGGUAUCGCCCAAUUUAUUGGAAGAUCUAUUUGGCCCGGGCCAUGACUCCCUCCAAGGCCUCAGCGCCAACACCUCCUCCCUUCCCGUGCUGGACACGCACCUGAACGCUCAGGUACGCAAUCUGCUGCAAUACUUCUCAACAGUGCGCGGGUCCAAAUCCGUGACGAUCCAACUGGCUCGACAGGGUAUGGAUGGGGCGGAGUACGAGUUCGCCCGACUCCUACUGGAAGAUCGGAAUAAUGAGGCCCAGAGCUACGUUGACUGGUUGGUUCAUAUCCACCGCCAGAUAAACAUGGAGCUGGCUGGACACCGCAAGAAGGACGAUUCUAGUGAGAGCUCAGGUGCUUUGGCUAGUUUGUCUGCUAUGCGUGCUCCGUAUUGGUAG